UCUGAAUAGAGGCGGGGUAAGAAACAACUUGAGCAAAGUAGUUAGGUUGUUAGAAAGUUAAUGGCUAGGGGGAAAGAGAUUCUCUUCUCGAUUCAGGAGUUGCUGGAUUUUUCUGAAGUAUAAACAUAAUUACUAAAAUAGCAACAACCCCAAAGAAAGUUUAAGACAAUAUUGAGUUAAUUAGAAUACAAAAUACUAAGGGAAGUAUGCAGGAUGCAGUAGCCGGGGCGGCAAUGCUGACGGACGGCUUCGAGGACGAGAUUGACUCGGUGACUCCGCGAUCCUCUGGAAUGGGGCUUGGAACCACACCAGGAGCCAGACUCGGGGGCCUAGGGAUUGGUGUUGGUGGAAAGAAAGUCCGCUUAUUUGGAGAGGCUGGUGGGCCUGCAGCUGACAGGCUUGAUUUCAAACUCGCUGCGGCCGCCGUGCUUUCCUCCGGCCCCGGAUCUGGCAGCGACGAAGUAUCUGAGGUGGAGUCCUUCAUAUUAGACCAGGAAGACCUGGACAACCCCAUGCUAAAGACUGCGUCGGAGCUGCUCCUGUCCAGCGCUGCUGAAGGAGCUGACCUCAGAACAGUGGACCCAGAAACACAAGCCAGACUGGAGGCUCUGUUAGAAGCAGCCGGCAUUGGUAAACUGUCCACUGCCGAUGGUAAAGCCUUUGCAGAUCCAGAGGUGCUACGCCGCUUGACGUCGUCCGUGAGCUGUGCGCUGGAUGAGGCUGCGGCUGCUCUCACACGCAUGAGGGCUGAAAACACACUCAACACCAGCCAGGCAGACAAUCUGGUUAUUUUCAGCCGUAGCUUGGCGGAGGCGUGCUCGGACGGGGAUGUCAAUGCCGUGAGGAAGCUGCUGGAUGAGGGGCGGAGCGUCAACGAACACACUGAGGAGGGAGAGAGUCUGCUCUGCCUCGCCUGCUCCGCCGGAUACUAUGAACUCGCACAGGUCUUGCUGGCCAUGCACGCUAACGUUGAAGAUCGGGGCAUCAAGGGCGACAUCACGCCCCUCAUGGCAGCAGCCAGCGGCGGCUACGUAGACAUUGUCAAACUGCUCCUGGUACAUGGGGCUGAUGUCAACGCACAAUCCUCCACAGGUAACACAGCGCUGACGUAUGCGUGUGCGGGCGGCUUCCUGGAUGUGGUGAAGGUGCUGCUGAAGGAAGGCGCCAACAUCGAGGACCACAAUGAAAACGGCCACACCCCCCUGAUGGAGGCGGCCAGCGCGGGACACGUGGAGGUUGCCCGGGUGCUCCUGGAGUACGGUGCUGGAAUCAACACGCACUCCAACGAGUUCAAGGAAAGUGCUCUUACGCUGGCCUGCUAUAAAGGGCACCUGGACAUGGUGCGCUUCUUGUUAGAGGCUGGGGCCGACCAAGAGCACAAGACAGACGAGAUGCACACAGCACUCAUGGAGGCUUGUAUGGAUGGGCAUGUGGAGGUGGCGCGGCUGCUGUUGGACAGCGGGGCGCAGGUCAACAUGCCUGCUGACUCGUUUGAGUCGCCGCUGACGCUGGCGGCCUGUGGGGGGCAUGUAGAGCUAGCUGCCCUGCUGAUCGAGAGGGGCGCCAACCUGGAGGAGGUUAAUGAUGAGGGAUACACUCCACUCAUGGAGGCUGCACGAGAGGGCCACGAGGAGAUGGUAGCUCUGCUUUUGGCACAAGGUGCCAACAUCAACGCUCAGACAGAGGAGACCCAGGAGACGGCCUUGACGCUCGCCUGCUGUGGGGGCUUCCUGGAGGUGGCUGACUUCCUUAUCAAGGCCGGGGCUGACAUCGAGCUGGGCUGCUCCACGCCUCUCAUGGAGGCUGCUCAAGAGGGACACCUGGAGCUGGUCAAAUACCUGCUGGCUGCAGGCGCAAAUGUCCACGCCACCACGGCGACGGGAGACACGGCGCUGACGUACGCCUGUGAGAACGGACACACAGACGUGGCUGAUGUGCUGCUGCAGACGGGGGCUGACCUGGAACAUGAAUCGGAGGGGGGCAGGACCCCUCUGAUGAAAGCAGCCAGAGCGGGACACCUGUGUACUGUACAGUUCCUAAUCAGCAAAGGUGCUAAUGUUAACAGGGCGACGGCCAACAAUGAUCACACUGUGGUGUCUCUGUCCUGCGCUGGGGGUCACCUGGCCGUGGUGGAGCUGCUGCUAGCCCACGGGGCCGACCCCACACACAGACUGAAGGAUGGCUCCACCAUGCUGAUUGAAGCUGCUAAGGGUGGACACACCAUCGUGGUGUCCUACCUCCUCGACUACCCCAACAACAUCCUAUCGGUCCCCACGCCUGACAUGUCUCAGCUCACACCCACCUCUCAUGACACCUCUCAGGCUCCACGAGUUCCAUUCCAAGCCCUGGCCAUGGUGGUGCCUCCUCAAGAGCCAGACAGGGUCCCCUCCAACAUCACAACGCCUCCACCGGUCAUCACAAAAGGCAGCUCCAAGCAGAGGCUGAGCCCCCACCUGGGUAGCCCCGUCGCUGCAGGCAGUCCAGAUGCAGAUCUGCUGCCCCCCUUCCACCCAUACCAGCCCCUGGAAUGCAUUGUGGAGGAGACGGAGGGCAAGCUGAACGAGCUGGGCCAGAGGAUCUCCGCCAUAGAGAAGGCCCAGCUGCAGUCUCUAGAGCUGAUCCAGGGAGAGCCGCUCACCAAAGACAAGAUUGAGGAGCUGAAGAAGAGCCGCGAAGAGCAGGUGCAGAAGAAGAAGAAGAUCCUCAAGGAGCUGCAGAAGGUGGAGCGCCAGCUGCAGCUGAAGACGCAGCAGCAGUUCACCAAAGAGUACCUGGAGGCCAAAGGCCUGAAGGACGACCCGGGGCAGCCGGGUCAGGCGGCAGGGGUGGAGAAGCUCGGCACCCCCCUGCCAAUGCAGGCUGCACAGCCGGGCUUCAACACUGAGGGGGACGGGGAGGGCAACCACCACCACGAUGAGCAGCUCCAUUCCGCCGAUGAGGAACAGGAGGAUGACGAUGAUGAUGAAGAUGAUGACGAGGAGGAUGAAGAGGUGGACUAUGCCAAGCUGCCUGAGGUGGACACCAUCCUGUACAGAGAGGCCCAACAGCACCCGACAACCUCUCCUCCUCAGACCCAAGGCCUGCAGGCCAGCUUCGUACCUGUCCAGUCCCUGGCCCUCCAACAAUCGACAGACUUCAGCACAGCAGACUACCUCGACAGCCCUGACCUGCAGAGGGCGAUGGUGAGCCAGCAGCAGAUGCUGGGGCAGCACUUGACAGGCCUGGGACCGGGCCUUCUCACCCAGGCCCCUGAUGGACUUAUGGUAGCCACACCAGCACAGACGCUCACAGACACGUUGGACGAUAUCAUGGCAGCAGCAGUGAGCAGCAGAGUGCCUAUGUUGAACACUACAACCUCACCCACACCCACAGCACAGACUCCAAUCGACGCAGAGUCCCCACCCUCCAUGCUCCCCCUCUACCCCUCUGUGGACAUCGACGCACACACGGAGAGCAAUCAUGACACCGCUCUGACGCUGGCCUGUGCAGGCGGCCAUGAGGAGCUGGUGUCGGUGCUCAUCGCUCGCGGGGCUAACAUCGAGCACCGAGAUAAGAAGGGUUUCACCCCUCUGAUCCUGUCUGCUACAGCUGGUCAUGUUGGCGUGGUGGAGAUCCUGCUGGAUAAAGGAGGGGACAUCGAAGCCCAGUCAGAGAGAACCAAAGACACACCUCUCUCCCUGGCCUGCUCUGGAGGAAGACAAGAGGUGGUAGAGCUGUUGCUGCUGCGCGGGGCCAACAAGGAGCACCGUAACGUUUCAGACUACACUCCUCUCAGCCUAGCCGCCUCAGGAGGCUACGUCAACAUAAUCAAGAUCCUCCUCAACGCUGGUGCUGAAAUUAACUCCAGGACUGGGAGUAAGCUCGGUAUCUCUCCUCUGAUGCUGGCGGCCAUGAACGGCCACGUCCCUGCCGUCAAGCUGCUGUUGGACAUGGGUUCGGACAUCAACGCUCAGAUCGAGACCAACCGCAACACGGCACUGACCCUGGCCUGCUUCCAGGGACGGGCGGAGGUAGUCAGUCUGCUGCUGGACCGCAAGGCCAACGUGGAGCACCGCGCCAAGACUGGUCUGACUCCCCUCAUGGAGGCUGCGUCGGGUGGCUAUGCUGAGGUGGGACGCGUGCUGCUGGACAAGAGUGCUGACGUCAACGCCCCACCUGUCCCCUCCUCCAGAGACACGGCGCUCACCAUUGCUGCAGACAAGGGCCACUACAAGUUCUGUGAGCUCCUUAUCAACAGAGGUGCUCACAUCGACGUGCGUAAUAAGAAGGGGAACACACCCUUGUGGCUGGCAGCCAACGGUGGGCAUUUUGACGUGGUGCAGCUUCUGGUGCAGGCCGGGGCCGAUGUCGAUGCAGCAGACAACCGCAAGAUCACACCGCUCAUGGCUGCUUUUCGCAAGGGCCAUGUGAAGGUGGUGCAGUACCUGGUGAAGGAGGUCAACCAGUUCCCCUCGGACAUCGAGUGCAUGAGAUACAUUGCCACCAUCGCAGACAAGGACCUGCUGAAGAAAUGUCACCAGUGUAUGGAGACUAUUGUCAAAGCCAAAGAUCAGCAGGCAGCAGAAGCCAACAAGAACGCCAGCAUUCUGCUGAAGGAGCUGGACUUGGAGAAGUCCAGGGAGGAAAGUAAGAAGCAAGCCCUGGCUGCUAAGCGUGAGAAGCGUAAGGAGAAACGCAAGAAGAAGAAGGAAGAGCAGAAGAGGAAGCUGGAGGAGGAAGAGGCCAAAGUAAAGGAGGAGGACCUGGAGUUACAGGACCAGGAUCAAGACUCCUCCGAGGAUGGCGAUGUCCCUAUUGACCCGCCCAGUGCUACCACAACCACCACCAUUGGCAUCUCUGCCACCUCCAGCACCUUCACCAACGCCUUCGGCAAGAAACGAGCCAAUGUGACGACCACGCCCAGCACCAACCGCAAGAACAAGAAGAACAAGACCAAGGACUCCCCUAGCGAGCCCAUCAUCCUGCAAGACCCCCAGGUGGCGCUGGCUCAGCAGAAGGCUAACAAAAACAAGAUCCACGGGGAGCCCAGGGGUGGCGGGGUGCCAGGUGGAAGCGACUCGGACAACUUGGACAGCACCGACUGCAACAGCGAGAGCAGCAGCGGAGGCAAGAGCCAGGAGCUCAACUACCUACCGGACCUGCCCUCUUCGUCUUCCUCCUGCUCUUCAUCGUCUGCUCCCUCGGUGGUGAGCCAGCAGCCCCAGCCGGUCCCUGAGAAGAGGCAGUGCACAUCACUGCACAGCUCCCGAGACGACAAGAUCACUGUGUCCAUCUCCAAACCACACCAUAAAAUCCAUGACCACAUAAACGACUUCACGCCCAGUUCCCUUCCCUCCUCGUUCAGAACUAUUUCACUGCCAGUCAUCUCGCCCAUCAGCAAGAUGAACCUCACCAGCCCCAAGAGGGGCCAGAAGAGAGAAGAAGGCUGGAAGGAGGUGGUGCGAAGGUCAAAGAAGCUGUCGGUGCCUGCCUCUGUGGUGUCUCGGAUCAUGGGCAGAGGUGGCUGUAAUAUCACUGCCAUUCAGGACGUGACCGGUGCUCACAUCGACGUGGACAAACAGAAGGACAAGAAUGGAGAGAGGAUGAUCACCAUCAGAGGUGGCACAGAGUCGACUCGACACGCCGUGCAGCUGAUCAGUGCCCUGAUCCAGGACCCAGCCAAGGAGCUGGAGGACCUGAUCCCCAGAAACCACAUCCGUGCACCUGGCACCAGCACCAAGAUUGGCUCCACCUACACCACCUCCACAGGUGCCACCAACACUACGGCGGCCGGCUCCAAGGGCCUGGCAUCAAUGUUGCCGUCAUCCGCUGUGUCCUUCCAGUCGUCCUCUGUCUCUCAACAGGGAGGGAAGAUGGGGAAGAACCUGUCUCCCGGAGUGAGGCCCCCUUUUGUUUCACUUCCUCUGGCGUACUCCAACCCCCACCUGGCCCUGCUGGCCGCCCAGACCAUGCACCACAUCAGACACCCGCGCCUGCCCAUGGCACAGUUCGGUGGAACCUUCUCUCCGUCGCCCAACACCUGGGGCCCGUUCCCGGUGCGUCCCAUCAGCCCCGCCAGCACUAACAGCUCUCCCAAGCACAACGGGACCACUGCUCCCCGGCCCUUGCCUGCCUCCACUGCCCAUCCAGAGUACACAGCCCCUACCUUUAUAGCAGGCCCUGCAGCCACCGCCUCUCCCUCCAGAUCUGCACCCUCUGGCACCCCCAUGCCCUCCUCCGCCAGGAAGCAGAUCUUUUCUGGCGAAUCAAAGACUGCCAGCAUGGCAGUGGUCACCUCGACCUUGAGUGGUGCGGCCGCUACGCAGGUGGGCGCUGCACCCCCCACCACGCCCUCUACCCCACCCUCCCCUCCUGCGCCUAUCGCCCCACCUGCACAGCAGCUACCCAUUUCCAAGCUAGAGCCUGCUGGCUGUGCCACGCCUGGUAAAGAGAAGUCCCCUCCAGACUCAGUGGCACCUGUCCAAGGUGGAGCAUCUGAAGGCUCCAGCUCCACUGGCCCCAUGCACUUCACAGCUCCCACUGCUCCACCACCACUGCCCUCACAGCAGCCAGAUAGCCGACAGCAGCAGCUGUCCCUCCCCUCCUCCUCCAGCACAGAGCCCAGCCUCCGGGCCGCCCAGCCUCCCUGCUCCCUCCUGCCCACGUCUCGCUCUGCACCAGCAGGGGGCAGCACAGUCACACACCCCAGCAGCACUUUACCUCACUACGCAUCGCCUGCUCCCUCCCGCAUGCAGCCCUCGGCCCAGUUCUACCCCAUGGCAGCUGGGGCAUCUCUACAGGAGCACCAGUCCGUAUUUGUACCCUCUGGAGCAUCUCAGGAGCAACGUCAGAAACCACAGCAGCAGCAUGCCAGCCAGGGCAUGGCAACCCCCUCCAUGCAGCAGCAGAUGUCCUCCAACAUGGGCAUGAUGAACGGCUCCCAGAUGCACAUCCACGGGGGCAAGGCCCAGCAGCUGCCCCCCAACUACGGCCCCACAGCCCUCUUCAACCAUUUCAGCAGCAUGUUUGACAGCAACCAGGUGGGCAACAACCAGGUGUGGGGAGCAUGUCACCUCCCUGCACGGACCCCUCCUGAGCAGCCCUACACCGCUCCGCCGGCCUAUAUAGGGGGCAUGGGACAGAUGGAGAACGUGGUGCCCCCUCCUGAUGGCUCCAAGGCACCAGGGUACCGCUGUAACACCCAGAGGAUUGUCACCAGUCCAAUCGGAAUGCACCCAAUGGACCCGUCGGGAAACUCCAUCUCUUCGUCUGCUGCGCUGACUAGCUUCGCCACCAGUAUCUCUUGCAGUCCAGUGUACCUGCAGGGUCCAGCCUCCGUGGGCACGCCCUCCUUCAGCCGCCAGCACUUCUCUCCUCACCCCUGGAGCGCCUCCACCUCCUGUGAGUCCCCAGUGCCCUCUGUGUCGUCCGGGGGCUCGUCCCCCCUCUGUGCGUCCAUUGUGACCCCGGCUCUGAUUCAGGCUAAGACCAGCAGCAAUAGCCAGCAAGACCGCAAGGUGCCCCCUCCAAUCGGCACCGAGCGCCUGGCACGUAUCCGCCAGACGGGCUCCGUCAACCACGCCAUGCUCACUGCCAGCUACACACCGCCUGUGGGACAGGGGGGCAUCUGGUCCUUCGGAGUGGGCAGUGCUUCUGUCCUCCCCUCUUACCCUCCACCAGAGGCGAUGUCGGGCUGGUCUCAGCCCCUGAUGGGCGGUCACGUGAUGCACCAGCAGAUGCAGGAGCAGAGUGCUUUCUCCCAGCACCAGGCCAUGGAGCGGGACGACACGGGCAUCGUUAAUCCCUCCAACACUUUCCAUCAGCCCAUGCCCACCAACUUUAUGGACUUCCCAAAGGGUUUGCCAAUAUCGAUGUAUGGCGGGACGAUGAUUCCUCCCCACCCUCCUAUGGGAGAGGCCCCCGGGGGCCCUGUGUACAACGGGCUCCAUAACGCUGACCCUGCCUGGAACCCCAUAAUGAAGGUGGUCUCUAACUCUGCAGAUAACUCAGACCCCCAGCAGGUCUGGCCUGGGACUUGGGCCCCGCACGUUGGGAAUGUGCACCUGAAUCAUGUCAACUAAACACGCGGCCAUCAAAGCAUAGGACCAGUAACAAGACUCAUACACGUUUAAGAGAACCAGAUAAUUACAUAAUAUUCAACGAUAUUAACCUAGGGAGUGUCCAGAAAGGAGGAAUUGGAUGGUUGGACACCAUUUUGAUGUGCCUAACUAAAAAGACAAAUCCAGUGUGGGCUGUAAUGUGUUUACCAAUGUCUAUGAACAAACCGAUUUGCCUGUUCAACAGGAUCCAUUCUCUGCGUAGUAUAGCCAUUAUUUUGACUUUAAAAAAGCCCCACGUGAAUUGUUCUUGGUCUGCAGGGCUCUACAGGACUGUACGCUAUUUAUACUCAGCCCAAGAAUUCGGUGAUAACAUAAAGAGAGAAAUCAGACCUUUUAGAGUGGUAAAUACAUGUAUAAUUGUUUACAUACUAAAAAGGGUUCAAAUGAGAGUACAUUUCAUGUCGUAUAGUGGCUCUACUUUAUGUAGCCUGUAUUAAUGUGAAAUAUUUACCUUAAUAUUCAAUAAAAAAGACGGAACUGUA